UCCGAGGGAAUCUCCUGAACUCAUCUCGCUCACUCCAACCCAUCCCCAUUCCAAACCAUGAAACGGCAAAGACCAAAACCCCCAUUACUUUCUUCAAAAAGACCAUCUCGUCCUCAACCAUCAACACCCCCAUCAUCCAUCCAUCAUCUCAGAUCUCUCCCAUCUUCCAAAACCAAAAGAAAUCUCACCUGCCAAUCCGCGCAAUCACCACCAUUAUCAUGGGAACCCCUCAACAUCCAACGGUCAGAACUCUCCUUACCCCUCACAUUCCCCACUGGCCAGACCUUCCGAUGGAAGCAGACUGGCCCAUCUCAAUUCACCGGUCCCAUCAAAUCCCACCUCAUCUCCCUCAAGCAUAUCGACGGCCACGAUGACUCCUCCAGUGGGGUAGCCUUUUUCGUCCACCGCACCCCCGAUCACCUCCAGGCCGUCUCUGCUCUCCAUGACUACCUCAACCUCUCUCUCUCCCUCGCAGACAUCUGGAGGAAAUUCUCUGAGUCCGACGCCCGCUUCGCGCAGCUGGCACCUCACCUCGCCGGGGCUCGCGUGCUUCGGCAGGACCCGGUCGAGUGCCUGUUUCAGUUCCUCUGUUCGUCGAACAACAACAUCAAGAGGAUUACGAACAUGGUUGGCGUCAUUUCCUCCUUGGGCGAUUAUCUGGGUUCUGUUGGAGGGUUUGAUUUCCAUGAAUUCCCGUCUUUGGAACAGCUAUCGUUGGUCUCUGAAGAGCAGCUUCGGAGAGAUGGGUUCGGUUACAGGGCCAAAUACAUAGUUGGUACAGUUAAGGCUUUGCAAUUGAAGCCUGGGGGAGGUGCCGAGUGGCUUGCUUCGCUUCGCGACUUGGAGCUUCGUGAAGUGAUUGAUGCCCUCUGUACUUUGCCUGGAGUUGGUCCCAAGGUGGCAGCCUGCAUCGCUCUGUUCUCUCUUGACCAACACCAUGCUAUUCCUGUUGAUACGCAUGUAUGGCAGAUUGCAUCUCGGUACCUCAUGCCAGAGCUUGCAGGUGCGCGUCUCACACCUAAGCUUUGCAGUCAUGUGGCGGAGGCAUUUGUGAGCAAAUUUGGGAAGUAUGCUGGUUGGGCGCAGAAUGUGCUUUUCAUCGGCGACUUGCCAUCUCAAAAGGCCCUUCUGCCAUCAGAUUUGUGCUCUGUCAAGGAAACAAAAUUGGCCUCUAGUGAAUAUGAGAAGCAGGAAGUUGCUGUUGAACUCGUCAGGAAGUUGAUGGAUUGAAAAGAUUUAUGGCAGACGACAGUCAGUCGCAGGUGUACCAUGGGUUCCAGUUGGCUUCAAAGCGCAUUUCAGUUGGUAUUGCACAUUACAAAAUAGGCCUAUUCAUGAAAGCAGCAGCUAGGCCAGGCUUCAAAUUGGCUUAAUAUUGGUGAGCUGGUAUUUACUCUUGGAGAAUGCCAGAUUGGAAUUAAUCUAUCAUUUGUACCAUUAGUGAACCCUAAUUAAUCCAUCAUUUGUACCAUUAGUGAUAUUUUCAUGCGUGAAAACAAGUAUCCUCUCCCCUCUCC